AUGACCGAUGUGCAAAUACAAAAUCAAACUAGUUUGAAUACUAGUAAAAAGCAGUUUGAGAGUAGAUAUGAUGAAAGGGCGCUUAGAAUUCUAUGCGUAAAAAACAUAUCAAAGGAGACAAGAGAAAGUGAACUGUUGGACUUAUUCAAACAAUUUGGUUCUAUCGAAAGUAUAAAUCUGAAAGUGAACUCAAGUAUCGGACCGUAUGCCGUAUAUGCCCACGUUCUGUUUAGCGCUCCCGAGGAGGCUAAAAGAUGUCUAAAGCAAAUGAACGGGAAGUUUCUAAAUGGAAGAGCUUUGCGAAUUGACUUCAAAAGGUACAACAAUAAAGUAGAUGAUGAUAGCGAUGAGGACGAAAGUGACUUUUUUAAUAACUACCCAUACCUGGGCAGCAACAACGACAAUGGUGGCAGCAACAAGUUCAACCGAAAAAUUAAUCGGAACAAACAGUUAUACAACAACAGAUACCCAAAUAAUAACAAGCGCAUGGCGAGAAAUGAUGGCAUCCUAAAUGACGAUAGCGUUAACCCGUACGACUCGGAGGCGAGCGGUUUUAGGGAACACGAGCAUCCAAAUAAGCGGUUACGCACGGGUCGAAGCAACUCUAUGGAGAACGUGAAUUUGGGCAGCGCGAACAGUUUGACCGGCAUCCCCAAUAUAAACGAUAACGACGUAGAGAUCAACAAGGUGAUAAAGACGUACGAAGAGAAUAAACCGCUAAAUAAAUCAAUCGGGGAGGCAAAAAAUAGGCAAGUGGAAGAAAUGUUACAGUCCGUAAUUAAUGAUGGCAUGAACAAACCCCUCAGGAUAAAACUGUACUUGUGUGACCAUUUGAGGCAGUGCGCCCCGCACGUCUUUAACAGGCCCGCCAUCGACAUCAGUGCGGCAAGUAAUACAAUAAACAACACGCAUAGUAGCAAUGUGGUUAGUAACGAAUUCAAGGGGAAUAUCCACAUGAACGCAUGUAACACCAACCCAGGUGGAGCUCUCUACCACUCCGAACAAAAUAACCUUUUAACGGCGAGGAUGAAUUCCUCAACGUUGAAAGAACCUAGCAAGCACUACAUGCUGAACAAUGGGAUAGCACACAAGGAAGGGCAGCUCCAGGCAAAUGACAAACUCUUAACUGCCAUGCAUAGCGGUGGAUGUGCCACCCCCAACAUGGGAUUGAACAAUCCCAUUAGCAAUGUGAAGUACGCCCUGUGGAAAGGAACCGUCGAAAUGAAGAAUAAAGAAAGUCUCAGCGUCAUCGGAUAUGCCCUAAACGGGGACGUAAAAAAAUUUCUUAACAAUAGCAUCUCCAGCUUAGUCAUAAGUCACCGGAAAAAAAUGAAAACACUUCCCAAAAUAGAAGCCACGUAUUAUUUCCAAAUAGAGAAUAAAGAAGACGAAAAUAUUUUGGAUGCCUAUAGAAACUAUUUUAACAGUAAAGAUAGAGUUGGAUUGUCCUCCACAAGUGACGACUGGCAUAUGUAUCUUAUCUUCCCAGGAAGUCCCAUUUUUAAAGAGUUCUGCAACUGCGUUGGAGGUAUCAGCAGCUUUGGUGGUGGAAACAGCUCAAACAAUUUCAAUAAUAUCUUCUUGGGCGUUGUGUGUUAUAAUCCACAAUUUUUCGAUAAAAAAAAUGGUAUAGCAUUGUUGGGCACGCAACCUCAAGAUGGCGUUGCUGCUCAAGGUGGCAUGGCUGCUCAAGGAAGCACAAUUGCCAAUUUUAACAAAGAACAAUCUCCUAUGACCAAUGUCCACCAAACCCAUGUGAACAGAAAUUUUCAAAAUUUGAACAAUCAUCAUCAGAACAGGUUUACCAGCUCAGUUGCAGCAUCGGUGGAUGGUGCAGGGAGAGGGAUGAAAAGUGACAUUAAAGGAAACAACCAGAGUAGCCUUCAUGGCGAUUUUGCUAAGCAGGGGGGAGGUGGCCCAAGCAAUGCAGUGAAUAAUAAUUUUCCUCUUCACAGUAAGACGUCCAAUAACGCGCAAGGUGUUAGGAAGAAUAACAUCCUUGUAGCUAACAACAUGCCCCACGGAAGCAGUAACAACCAUGGUGGGUUCCCCAAUGCGAACAUGUCCGAUGCAAACACAACAGUGACAACACAAGUGGUGCAAACCCCCAGUGAUGCCAAAGCCCAAAAAGGGAGCAUGGAAGCCCAGAAUAAUUCUACCACCCAGGUGAAGCAGGAGAAUGACACCUCCAAGGAGUUAAGCGAACCAACUCGAAAGGAAGAAAACAAAAAUGAAGUCCCCAAUUGGCUCAAUCAGUUUAGUUCAUUAGCAGCAUAUCUUGUUAAAAAAUAG